AGGUUUGGCGUGCGGAGCAUAAAACCCUUGUUUUUGUAUACUAGAGUUCACUUUGGUGGCGGAGGUUGUAAAAAGAGUUAUGAGGUUGCGUGGCACAGAGUCCUUACCAACUAAGGUACUUAACAUCGUUCACUUUUGGCAAACACCUUUCACGAACUAAACAAAAAUAAAUGAAAUAAUAAAUGCCCGUAUUUCUUCAAGAAUAAAACACCCCAAGCCUACAACGGACCAAAAACCUCUGAAGUCUCAUCAAAUCCCCUUUAAAAAAAAACAAGAUACCGUGCAAAAUUCUUCCUCGCUCUUAUUUUUGGUUUCUCAAUGAAUACUCUUUACACACUAGCCAGUAUGAAACCAGAAAUCACCGCAGCGGUAGGAUUUCUAUCGAGAUUUCUGAGGACAAAGGGACUCGUAAAUGAGCGACAAUUGCAAACAUUCAGCCAGUCUCUCCAGGAUCUGCUGUCAGAACAGUACAAACAUCACUGGUUCCCAGACAGACCCUGCAAAGGCUCAGGCUACCGCUGUAUCCGUAUCAACCACAAAAUGGACCCAGUGGUAGGGCAGGCAGCCCAGAGAAUUGGCUUAAGUAUCCAGCAGCUCUACCAGCUGCUCCCUAGCGAGCUCACUCUCUGGGUGGAUCCCUUCGAAGUGUCCUACCGCAUCGGGGAGGAUGGCUCCAUUUGCGUACUGUACGAAUCACAGCCAGUAAUCAGCAGCCAAAUCCCAGUGUCCAGCAGCCUGCAAAUGGUGGAGAGUCACAUCAGCUGCAAGGAAGAACUGCGCUUGGGCAGAACCAUCCCUUCUAAAACAUACAACAUGAUGACUGUGUCUAGUUAGGCAUGGAAGUCUGAUGGGUAAUCUAUGGUCUGGGGGAUGGAAAACCUUGUAGGUUAUCUUUUUUUUUUUUUGUGGCUUCCUUUUGGGGAAGGAUUCUGGAAUCCGUGAUGUUGCAGCUGUGAAGAUCUAAGAUGUUUCUUUCCAUGGGAGAAAUAAGUGACAUUGACUAUCUGCCACAAUUGAAAAUUGAUCAAGGCAGCCUAUUAUGUAGACUUUGCACUUUUGUAUAUUUUUUCCAAGAAUAAGGAAUUACUUUCAGGAUAUUUCCUAGAGUCUUCAUUUGCUGAAGACACUUUAAGAAAACGUGUUUAAACAUCCUGGAAGUAUUUCCUUGCAUCUCUGAAGUCCAUAACUUGGUCUCAGCAGUACCAAACAUUCAUAAUUGUAUGUAAAGAAUCUCCCCAUUCAAUAUGCAAGUUUCGGGCCUUUGACAGUUAUUAAUGUCUGGUACUGCUGGGACCAAUUUCAUUAUGUUCCAGGAUACUUCUUAUCAUUCAGAAAUGUUUGUGUGUUUAUAUAUAUAUAUAUAUAUAUAUAUAUAUAUAUAUAUAUUAUAGCCUGUUGCCAUAGAAGCUUUACAUACAUAUAUCUCUGGUGUUAGGAUCAAGCACUACUACACAGUUUGGUAAUGUACUGAUUGCUUUUGGUUUUUACCAAGUUAAAUAUAUUUUGCUGACCUUAAAACGGCAAGCAGUACGUGGAGUUUUAGGGCUCGCAAGUCAGAUACUCCUGAUUUAUAUAAAAUACAUGUUUGAAACCCAGGCAAACCUCUCUAAUGCAGGAUUAGAAACAUUUGUUCCUGUGCUAAAUAUUUAUAUUUAAGCCGCAUUCCCACUGCCAGCUGAUCCACUUCUGACCUUAUUUUGCUUUUUGCUGUGCUCUGUACUCCCUGCAUCUGGCUCUUUUGGAGAAAUCACCUAUUUGUUGUGGGUGUUGGGAUAGAGAUGUUAUGUCACUAUAGCCAAACUUCGUGCACUUAACAGUUUAUUGUACUCAGGUGGUAUGUUAGUGUAAAAAUGCAGGUCUAAGUGGGACGCACUGGCUGGGGGAUGUAGGAGAUGGCAAUACAAGUGAUUGUGUAAUGCAUGGAUGCAAAGGAAGAACCAUGGCUGAUCUGUUUUAAAGUAAAUCUUCUCUUUUGGCCUAGCACCAAUGUGAUAGUAGGGUGACAGAUUGCAGCACUUCAUCAUUUCAGUUUCACCAUGUCACUGUUUUACAGAGGACACAUUUGAGUCAGGAGACAUUCACAGGGAAUGUGUAAGAAAACCGUUGCCAUGAGAACGAUCAAAGUUUUUAGUACAGUGUAUGGUUUUGCUACUUAUUCCCACAAUGUCCUCUUAAUUUGACUAUGAAUUAUACCCAGCAGAAUGUGUACUGCAGCCUAUCGCUUUCCUUUUUAAUAUGGAUGUGUACAACCAGUGACCAGAUAAGAGCAGCUAAAACACACUGGCUGUGAAAUUAACACAUCAUUUUUUGUUUGUUUGUGACAGACGAGCAGUAUGCACUGAACUUAUUUCUCUACUUUUCUUGAAUCACUUAAAAGAUUGUUCCUGAACGUCUCGUCACAAUGUGAAAGUGAUAACUGUGGCAACAGGCUUUUUGAGUUUUGGGUACUUUCCUGAAUUGUGGCUUUAGCCAUUAGCAGCUGGAGUGUAUGUAUGUACUUGUGCUUGUCCUGUAUUUGUGUUAAUGCUCCUAAGACCAAGGAUGACAGCCGUUGUAAUGGGAAACGGGUCCCAUUGAGUUGUCCCUUCCCUGGUACGCUUUAUGCUUUCUAUGAAACCCAGUUCAUCUAAAUAAAUGAGAAGGAAAAGACAGACAGGAUUAGUCCAAGUCACAGUUUGAGGAUGAAAUUGGAAGACAUUUUACAAACGGUCAUAAUAUACCCUUAUCUAGCAUUAUCAUGAAUCUCAUAUAUAUAUAUAUAUAUAUAUAUAUAUAUAUAUAUAUAUAUUCACUUUCAUUUUGGAUGAAAACUGCAGAGAUCUUUCAUGGGGAAAUAGGCAUGGGUUUUUAACCCUUUUUAUCCAAACUGCCAAGACUUUUUUGCUUUAUUAUUUCAAAAUGUCCUAGGUUUAUUUCUUUAGAUUCUAAACCUUUUAUUGAAAUUUCCAUACAGUUUUUCACCCAAAAUUUCAGGGAAUUCUUGUUGUCUUUAACACGUUGAUUAUUUGCACUUGAUCACAUUUUUAUUCCAGAGUUGGCCAAAAGUUUUUUUUAAACCUUAAACCAUUUAAUAAUGUUCUGCUUUAAAAUUCAUAUAAGACCUUGCAGUUAUUUGGCAAAAUUAAGCCCUUCAAUCAUUUUUUGCACAUUGUCAAAUUAAAAUGCAUAACUUACUUUUUACAUGCAUUUUUGCCUUACAAAUGCAUAUAAAUGAAGAGAAAGUAUUUAAAUUUUCCUUGCAGAGGCCAGGCCUCAUGAAAUAUAUUUUAAGUUCACAGAGUUAGUUAUUAACAUCAACAGAUGGGUUAAUAAACUUGCAGCAUUGGGUGGUAUCAUAUGCCUACUGCACAGCUCCCCUAACCCCUCUACAGAUCCAUGGUCAUAGAAGUCUUAGCAAGGACCAAAGCAAGUUCUUUGGGUAGACUGAUUCAUUAUGUCCAUGCUCUGUUAUCAGGUAGUGUCCUGUUUUUAAUUCUGGAAUACCCAAGAAAAAGUGUGUCUCUCUAUUUUGUGAACUAAUGUUGGUCUACUUUUAUUUUUUCCUUGGGUAAGUUAUGAGCUGCUGUACAUGUGUACAGUCCAUGUAAAUUCAUUGUGAGGAAGUUGUACAGAUUUCUAUAUUUUGAAAGAGAAAUUUUCUUCUCUCUCUGUAAUAAAACCUUUCCUAUCUUGGCA